CAACGUAAGGUUCGACGGGGAAAUGCUGUUGCAAUUCGGAAGUGGGUUCGGCGUUGCACCAGCAAAUGGCUUCGGUGCGGGCGGAGGGACGCUUCUGAACAACCACCAGCUGAUGUUGGAGAGCGUUGCGGUACCUGCUGGUUCUGCUUCACUGGGCGGGGGCGGCCCAACUGGUCAGUUUGUCACCUUCCAACACCAGCAGCAACAUCCGGGUAAUUAUUAUAUGCAGCGAACCCCACAACUGCUGUUUCCGAGCCUCGAGGACGCUUCCUCUCCGGCUUUCGGCAUGGACCGCCCGCGGAACGCGAGAAACGCCACACCGGCAAGCGCAAUGAACGCGGGAUCUUUUGUCCUACCGCUGGUUUCCGACGAUUUGGCCAACGCAGGUGACCUAUCCGAUCGGAAAGACGGCGCGUGCCCUUGUAUAGAUACUGAGAGGGAGGUUUUGGUCAUGCGUACUUACUUAUAUUUUCUUCGAUGGAUGAACUAGGUCCCGUGGUUAUGCUUGAUCAGCACGCGCAGGCCCCUUUUUGUUGAAAGCGAGCAGAAAAGCGCUCAGCUUUUGUGCUCGUUUUUUGCGUCCGUGCGCUGAAAACUCCAGGCCAGGCGUAGCUUGACCCGAGCGAAGCCCACAACUGUAAGUAGAAUCGCCUGCCAGCUCGCGCUACUGGAUAAAGCCUUCGCGCGGGUUGCGGUCUUCGAAAGUCAAAACACGCAGGAAGGGGCAAAAACAGAGAAGCGGGGCAGGGGGUCGGGAACGCCGGCAAGCUGCGGCCGGCGGCCUAAUUCUGACGGUUCCGGAGACGGUUCGCAGCGUCUGCCGAGCAAUUUCCCCAACUGAAGGGACGGCGGCAGAGCUGGGACGGGGUUGCGAAAAGCCCGGAAGCGGCCAAGAAGGCUCGGAGCCCGGCGAUUUUGGAGACGAUUCGCAGCGCUGAGAAUUUUCUUCCCGGCAAUUUUUCCAGUUGAAGGGACGCCGGCAGAGCUGGGACGGGGUCGCGAAAAGCCCGGAACAGGCGAAAUAGGCUCGGAGCCUGGCGAUUUUGGAGACGAUUCUCAGCGCUGAGAAUCGUCGUCCCGGCAGUUUUUCCAGUUGAAGGGACGCCGGCAGCGCUGGGACGGGGUUGCGAAAAGCCCGGAACAGGCAAAACAGGCUCGGGACCCGGCGACUUUGGAGACGAUUCGCAGCGGUGAGAAUCGUCUUCCCGGCAAUUUUUCCAGUUGAAGGGACGCCGGCAGAGCUGGGACGGGGUUGCGAAAAGCCCGGAACAGGCAAAACAGGCUCGGAGCCCGGCGAUUUUGGAGACGGUUCUCAGCGCUGCGAAUCGUCUUCCCGGCAAUUUUCCCAGUUAAAGGGACGCCGGCAGAGCCGGGACGGGGUUGCGAAAAGCCCGGAACAGGCAAAACAGGCACGGAGCGCGGCGAUUUUGAGGACGAUUCGCAGCGCUACGAAUCGUCUUUCCGGCAAUUUUCCCAGUUGAAGGGACGCCGGCAGAGCUGGGACGGGGUUGCGAAAAGCCCGGAACAGGCAAAACAGUCUCGGAGCCCGGCGAUUUUGGAGACGAUUCUCAGCGCUGCGAAUCGUCUCCCCGGCAAUUUUUCAAGUUGAAGGGACGCCGGCAGAGCUGGGACGGGGUUGCGAAAAGCCCGGAACAGGCAAAACAGGCUCAGAGCCCGGCGAUUUUGGCGACGGUUCUCAGCGCUGAGAAUCGUCCUCCCGGCAAUUUUUCCAGUUGAAGGGACGCCGGCAGAGCUGGGCCGCCCGGGGUUGUGAAAAGCCCGGAACAGGCAAAACAGGCACGGAGCCCCGCGACUUUGGAGACGAUUCUCAGCGCUGAGAAUCGUCUUCCCGGCAAUUUUUCCAGUUGAAGGGACGCCAGCAGAGCCGGGACGGGGUUGCGAACAGCCCGGAACAGGCAAAACAGGCUCGGAGCCCGGCGAUUUUGGAGACGAUUCCCAGCGCUGAGAAUCGUCUUCCCAGCAAUUUUUCCAGUUGAAGGGACGCCGGCAGAGCUGGAACGGGGUUGCGAAAAGCCCGGAACAGGCAGAACAGGCUCGGAGCCCGGCGAUUUUGGGGACGAUUCUCAGCGCUGAGAAUCGUCCUCCCGGCAUUUUUUCCAGUUGAAGGGACGCCGGCAGAGCUGGGACGGGGUUGCGAAAAGCCCAGAACAGGCAAAACAGGCUCGGAGCCCGGCGAUUUUGGGGACGAUUCUCAGCGCUGAGAAUCGUCUUCCCGGCAAUUUUUCCAGUUGAAGGGACGCCGGCAGAGCUGGGACGGGGUUGCGAAAAGCCCGGAACAGGCAGAACAGGUUCGGAGCCCGGCGAUUUUGGGGGCGAUUGCUCGACAAAAACCCAAGGGGGCCACGCAUGUGCGUGGCCCCCUUGGGUUUUUGUCGAAAUAGUCAUAAGGCGCACCCCUUUGGUUUUUGUCGAAAUGCCGAGAAGGCGACCCCUCCGUCCUGGCUUUUGUCGAACUGCCACCCGAGUGCGUGGCCGGCCCCCUUGGGUUUUUGUCGGAAUAGCCAUAAGGCGCACCCCUUUGGUUUUUGUCGGAAUGCCUAUAAGGCGGCCCCUCGCUCCUGGUUUUUGUCGACCUGCCACGCGAGUGGGUGGCCCGCCCCCUUGGGUUUUUGUCGAAGCUGCAGCGGGAGGGAAGCGCCUGGCGCCCCUGUCCCUCUUGCCUAGCUCUCUGUGCCCUCGAUCUCUCUGACCUGGCGCAAGAAGGGCCGCCUGUAGUUGCUUUUGAGAGACGAGUCAGUACCUAUGGAAAUAAGCAGGGCAGCGCGCGUUUCCGCUCAAUAGCACCACUCUACCACGGAACAGACCACAGAAGCGGAGAACACCAGUUUCCAGAACUUCCACCCGGAAAACUAUAUCGACCAAAACGGGUUCACGUCCGCCGACGCGGCGGCGAUGUUUUUGUCCAAAUACGCAGCCGAGGCGGCUUGGCGGCUGUCCAGCUGGGACACUCUGGGCGAUCUCAUUUCCAAGCGCGACACGGAUCCGCACCAAGGCUGGCCGUGGUACAGCUUCGACCGGGAGAUCAAAGACAUCCUACCAAAUGCAAAAGUGUCUGGGUCUGGAAGAUUGGAAGAAUUGUCAUGCACAUUUUGCAUGACUCAUGACGCCUGUAAUGCAUGACCCAGCAUCUUCACCGAUUUUGUGAGGGCUUUCCGAUGCGUCUACCGCUUGAGGAAUACCCCCUCCGCGUAGCAGAAACUGGACUCCUCUCGCUGCUUACGCAAUACAGAUUUUUUUCGAAUCCAAAGACAGCAUGACAAGUUCCAUCCUUCCAGACCCAGACAUUUUUGCAUUUGAUACAUCCCGGACGACACCAACUCCAUUCCGGACAACGCAAACAACCCUUUGACGAAGGAGAUCUCCUAUCACAGGAAAAAAGUGUUACAGUAUACACAUCAUUCGUUGGAGGAGUUUCUGCACCACAAAGUUGCAGCUCGACAUGGCAAAGAAAACCUGUACGGGAAAACACGAAUCCAAUGGGGUUGGCAACAAGAAUUUCCUGCAUGACCACAGAGGUUGUCUGUCUUGCUUGUCUCGUCCCAUCAGAGUGUGUAACUGUGGCGCUUUUUUCUCUUGAUAUCUCCCUCUUCGUGGACAACACGCUGAUGAAGAAGCACGGGCUGAAUCUGGAAGAGGAACGCGACGAGGAGCUGAAACAAAACACCUCGCUGAACGCCAUUAUUGUGAGGAAAAACAUCCCUGCCCAUAUCGGACAGGAACUUUGUGAUGCUGGAUUUGCGUGCACGCAUCUGCUUGUAUUGCUAGAAGGGCAAGAGACGCAGAGGUUGCGGCCUUGUCUCCAGGCAAUUUGUCAUGUUGUUUCCCACUUCCAGUUGCCUCCUGUCACUACAGUCCGCGCCUUUUCGUCCCUUCUACCAUGACAACGCGACUUGUGGUCGCAAAUCAGCAUCACAAAUUUCCAGUUUCUGUAUGGGGCGGGGGAAGUUUUCAUUUUGAUAGCCAGCCGGAUAAGCUUAGCCGGAGGAAGUCAGUACCCCGGAGGGACGAUGGUCUUAACCAACAGCCAGCAGAUGCAGAUGCAGCAGCAGAAGGGCGGGGUGAUUUAUGCUGGAGUCAAGGGCGGCGGUGGACAUCAUCAGCAGUUUCUUGCGCACAACCACCCGGGUGGAUCAUCUUCUUCGUACAACGUUGGCGUCGCCCACCAACCAGCCUACAGCCUCGGAAAUAACAUGCCGCAGCAACCACUGCAGCCCGGAAUGCUGGUGCAACAUCCGCAACCCGCGCAAUUCGGUGCUGGGUUUGUCGGGCAUCAACAGCAAAUAAACCUCCACCAACCCGUUGUCAAUCGCUUGGUGAUGGGACAAAAUGGCCAUCCUCUUCCGGGGAUGGUGCCUGGCAUGCUGGGCACUAGUGCCGGCAAUCAAGGGUUAAUACAGCCUGCGCUGAGCAACAACCCAGCCGACUACAACCACAGACGGAGAUCCGCCGUAGGUUUCGGGCACUAUCAAACUGGAAACAGCUUUCAAUUUCCUGGGCAACAACAUCUUCAAGCGCAGUCGCUGAUGCAGCGUCCUGGUGGCGCGCCAGUUGCAGUUCCAGGGGUAGGUAAUCACGGAGCGCAGGCGUUCGGGGGCGGGUUGCAAAGUAUGCAGCAACCGUCCACCUUCGCGCAGCAGUCGGUUUUUGGAAUGAAUGCUGGAACGAAUGCGCAGCAACAGCAGAUGACGAGGUCCGGUGCGGCUGUUCUGCCAAACUUGUUCGGUAGAAACACAACAACCAACAUGCCUCCAGGUGCGGUCGCGUCGCCCUACGCCCCAUCGGUGCUACCACUACAAGGCGCCGGUGGUCCUUAUGGCGUUCCCAAACGUUACAUUCUCAACUGUUACAUGAAGUUGUGCUGCAAGAACCGCAAUAGUGAAAGGGGCAAGCUUGCAACUCUCGCAUCACAAAUCCGGCACAGAUUUAGGGGCUGUUUAGCCCUUCGGGGAUUUGUCAUGCGAGGUGGCUUGAUUGUCUGGUGGCUCAUGGUAGUUUUGCACGACAAAUCAUGUAACAGUUGAAAAUGUAACGUUUGAGAGCCCCAUAGUCCUGGUAAUCAGGAGCCGCAGAUGCAGCAGGGCAUGACAAAUUCCUCGACUUUAUCCUGAGUAAAAACGUCCCCGCCCCAUAAUCAAGAUGGGGAAUCUGCUAGACAAAUCUCCAAGUUGUGGGAGUUGCGCAUGACAAGUUUGCCUCUGCAGUGUAGUGCUGGUUAGCCAGGGAAGCUGCAUGAGACAGCCACUUUGUCAUCCUGUUUAUAGCAUUACAAAUUCCAAAACACGAUUGGAAAUGCCGCUCAUGGAGCUGCGCAAGCGCAUUACAAAUUAUUUUGUUUAGCAUGACAACUCUGGGGUGGGGACGUUUUUGCACAAGAUAGACUUCAUUGAAGCGGCCAAACCCGGACAACGAGGUCAUCGUGAUCCCCGACACACUAUCAACUGCAAAUAUGUCUGGGUGUGGUCUGGAUGUUGAAACUUGUCAUGCUAAUACAUGAGUGACAAAAUGACUAGAGUACGCAUCCAAGCAUGACAAAUUUUUGAACGGUCCUGUGUGGUGAAAUACGCAUGAGAAACUGCGUUUUUGCAUGACACAAAACUAGCACUAGCAUUCUGCAACACGCAAUACAAAGUUUGGGAGCAUGAGCUUUCAGCAUUACAAGUCUGGCAUCCUUCCACACCCAGACACAAUUGCAUGUGAUACACACCAUCGGACGGUGGGAAGCAAGCAGCUACGGAGAAGGUGUUCGACUCUAACGAAAAAAGCUCCAAAAAUCUGCAGAAUGCCAUCAAUUUUUCCACCCUGCAGAAACACGAGUCUGGGAUCUACUCGAAGCAAUCCCCCGGGUCGGCGCUUUCGGCAGGACAGCAAGAAUCGAGCGCAUUGCAAUAUCGCAAAGAAAUAAUUUGGCUUCACUGUAAACUUGUAGGUGCGGAGGUGGAAAAUGUUACAUCGCAGAACCAGAAGUGUUUGUCUCGCUACACAUGACGUAAGACAGUGGAUUGCUACGCCGUUGUUUUAUUCCCGUAGGUGGAACCUCGCGUGGCAAAUUCCAUUCUGUUUCAUGUAGAGCAAGCUUGUGAAGUAGAGUGAUGCGAAAGUCACGCUGAAUAAAUAUAAAUUCCUCUAGUGAAGCACUUUUUUCGCACGAUAUCGCGCAUAUCCCGAACAGCACGAAGAAGCACAGACGAGUCCUGAUGCGGCAACAGGCGAUUCUCGGCGACACAGAGAGACGCGAGGCAGACACGAACUCUAAACUGCCCCGGGAGCUCCGGAGGCAACAAUCCUUUCAGCAGGAUCAUUCGCCAAGGCACCUGCAGGGGUCGGGGCUGCGCGGGGCGGGGGGCAACAAAC